AUGGCGCGGUUACAGUUCUUAUUAAGUGUUUUCUUGACUAUAUUUCUUGUGUUUGCAUGCGCAGAACUGAGAACACGAAGGUUCGCUCAGUUCAGUGAAGCGAGUGCUUCAGCACGUUCUUUCGGAGGUCAUGGUAGAGGUUUUGGACCACAGUUCGGACCUCCUGGACCUCACUUUGGACCUCCGGGCCCACCUGGACCACACUUUGGACCUCCCGGCCCACCGAUACCAUUCAGACCACACUUUGGACCACCAAGGCCACCACCUUUUGGACCCGUUUUCCCGGGCCAUGGUUCUGGACGCAGCAUUAACAUAGCAAAAAGUAUUAGUAUCAGCACUGGAGGAAGUGGCUCAGCAAGUUCUCAAGCAGGAUCACAAUCUGGACCAUUUGGAAAGUAA